AUGAAACAAUAUUCCUGGACAAUUUCAGUUAUGAGAAAAUCUCGUGGUUUUGGUUUUGUUGAAUUUAUUGACUCCAAAGCUGUUGAUAAAGCUCUUCUUCAAAAACCAUAUAUCAUCAAUGGUCGAACAAUCGAGAUGGAAAGAGCUGUACCAAAAGAAAACAUGCAAGCACAAUCUGGAUCCAAUUCAACAGCAAAUUCUCGUCCACCACCUCUGAUUGUUCCAUCACAUCCUACUAUAUCAUCAUCAACAUCAUCAUAUAGUCAACAAGGUAUUAACUCAAAUGUAUCACAUUUUAAUCCACCAAUACCUCGUAAUGCUGUUUAUUCACAAUCAUUUGAUUCAAUGAAUCAAAAUCAAUCAUCAAAUUCAAAUUAUAUACAACCACCUCAAUCAUCUUAUAGACAAAAUCAACAAUAA